GUUUCUGAUCCCGCCCUUCUGUUGAAAGAUCUCAAAUUUCCCGUAAAACUACCCCAAUCACGAAAUUCUCCUAUUGUUACCAGUUAUGAAUAUGUGAUUUAUAGUUACAGAUUCCUAAUUUGGCUUAAAUUUGGUAUAUAUAGUUGAUUAGGUAAAAUGAAAUUCUUCGCAGGCAUACAAUGUUGUUUUCUUUCUUUACUUAAAUCCAUUUCUUUUGGUUCAAACUGGAAAAAUACCCUAAUUCAGGGUAGUUUUACAUAUGUCGGUCGUGCGAAUGCAGUGACAGAUGAUAAGCAGACCCGCUUACAUUCUCGCAAAAAUGGGCGCAUUUGUGCUAAUGAUGACGCUUUUUGUGACUGGUGGUUUUGGUACAAGAGUUUCAGAUAAAAUAUAUGAAGACAUUCAAGGUAACAUGGCCUGUUUUAAACGCUUCAAUGGAACUCAUGAAGUUGGCUGUACGUCCGAUUAUUUCGGCAAUGUAGGCGUUUUGUAUAUCCCAAAAGACGUGAGCGACGUUCACUGGGCGGUAACAAGUGGACCUCAUGAUUCCUACAUUCUAGCAGUGGAGCCUGAACUCUUUACUCGUCAAGUGUUGAUGAUAGCCAAAAAUUCGUCUAAUGUUAGAGGCAUUAUUGUUCUACAUUCAGAAGAUGCCAAUAUUCCCAAAGAAGAGUCACCAGCUGAUACAUGCCCCUCCCAUGAAUAUGGCUUGUACAAUCAUUCAUCUUCAUCUAAAUAUGCAAAUUAUUGUCCAUCAACUGAAGCUUGGAAUGCCAUUGGAAACUCAUUACUAUUUGAAUCUUUUAAUUUCCCAGUGUUUUUGAUAAUGGAAAAUCAGUCCAUAACUUCCAUCAAGAACUGUUAUGAAGAAUUCAGUAUGAUUGAUUCAAACUCAAAGCAACUACAAGAUUGGCCCCUCUGUGCUCUACAGUUACACUCUAAUAUGUUUGGCACAACCAAUACUGAGGUAUGCCUUAGAAGGAAGAACAACAAUGUCUUACAACCUGUGAAUUACUGUGAUCCUAUUCAUGAUUAUAAUAUUGUAGCAAGUUUGCUGCCUAUGGAAGGAGACCUGCAAGAUUCAUCUGUUAUUGUUGUUGCUGCUCGUGCUGAUGCUGCAUCCAUGUUUGAUAACAUAUCUCCUGGCGCUGAUGCUGCCGUUACUGGACUCAUCACACUCUUGGCUGUGGCUGAAGCAUUGGGUCGCCAACAAGGAACUGCCACAAUGAGAAAAAAUGUUAUGUUUGUUCUCUUUGAAGGUGAAACUUGGGAUUAUCUUGGCUCUACCACUAUGACUUAUGAUAUGAGCAAUGGAAAUUUUCCUUUUACACCUCGAGAUGAAACUGAUCAAGUUAGCCAAUUCAAUUUUACUCACAUUGACUUCUUUCUUGAACUAUCUCAAUUGGGUAUUCACAAAGGGGCAGAAGAAACUCUUUUGUACUUGUAUAAUGAUCCCAUCAGUAAUGAAAUCCCAUCUUUAUCUGCAUUGAAUAAAAAGAUUUAUGAUGUUUUGAAAGAGAAAAGCAAGAAGUUCAAUGUAACGGUUGAUAAGCCUGUGGAUCAAAAUUCAGCCGAUUUUCCUCUUCCUCCUUCAAGUUUUCAAAGUUUCCUAAAACAUUCAAAUAUGUCUGGAGCAGUAUUAAGUGACCAUGCUGGAAAGUUUUCCAACAAUUACUAUCAAAGUUAUCUUGAUGACUACAAAAAUGUUAAAUUCUUUGGGAAUGUUAAUGGCACUUAUGAUUCAGACAUGCUGCACAUUCACAUUGCUCGCAUAGCCUCUACUGUGGCUUCAGCUGUGUUUUCACUUGCAGCUGAGGACGCAAGUUCUUCAUCAGAUGUAAAGGCUGAUGAAAUGCUCAUUUCAGAUUUACUUGUGUGCUUCCUUCGUAACGUAAAUUGCACAUUGUUCAGAGAGCAUGCAGGGCGUACUCUCCAGCUGUACCCUGGCUACUUUCAAGAACAGCCUGCAAAAAUGUAUACUAGUGUUUAUAGAGGAGAAGAUAUCCUAACAAACAUCACUCUAUACCUUAUGGGGCAUUUCUUAGGCACUGAAAUCAAUGAAGGAAAAAAUGAAUGCUGGUCUAAUAUUACAUCUGCUAUCCAGAAAUUCUACUUGCCACUUAUUGGAGAAAAUGGCACCUGCUUUAGUUCAACUGCCAGACUUCACAGUGCUGAUAGCCCUGCUUUUACUAUUCCUGGUUAUGAUUUUGGUUCAGGACAAUAUCCUUCAUGGACUGAAUCUGGAUGGUCUGUGACCAAAAUUAGAUUAUUUCUGAAGCCAAAUCCUGCAGAAGAAAUUGCAUUGAUAGUUAGUGGGGUUUUCUUGAUAUUAGCUACAGGAAUUGUGUCAUAUUGGGCACACAAGAGAUCUGAGACAUUGUUUGUGAGAUUGCCUGAACCUGCUUUCUGUUGAUGAUGACUGCCUCUAUUUCUCAUAUCUAUUGCUCUAGUUGUAAAUAAUUCAAUUUGCUUCCUCAUUCAGCAUUAUAUUUCAUUGAUGUGGACCUGAAUUUGUCUCAAGAUAAUUUCCAAGUUCUUGCAUGAUGAAUAGUAUCAGAGAUGCAGUAAUAAAUGAUGUACCAUGUUAUGAUACAAGCCAAUAAAAUAUAUCUAUACAUUGAAUGAAGACAACCUAGAAUUGGCUCUAGUUAUUCACAUUGUGUCAUAAGGCUCAGGGCUCUGCGCCCUGCGGUCAAUAUUGCCUCUAAAUCUGAACAUGAUUUUUUUUCAAACUCUGUUAUUAUUAUUAUUUUUUUUGCCUUGAAUGAAUUUUGAACCAUUUCUCAUGCAAAAAUUGAGCUCUCUUAACAGUUAUCAAUAAUUCAAUGUAUUCUUUGUUUUACAUUGUGGUAGUAUUUAUGAAAAUAUUUAAAUCCCAUAACCAGGGAAUUACCAAAGACUUGGUUAGGAUUGACUAAGGAAUUCUUGCCACCUAAAUUGUUAUUUGUAUCCCAAUUAUCUAUGGAUAUAUUUUUUCAAAUCAUUCUUUAACCUAAGGAGACUAACAAAAACUCUAACAUAGGAAAUGUUCUCCCACUCCGCAUCCCAAUUUUGAGGGUUGUAUAUAAAUAGGCUUUGGGAAAAAUUAUGAUAUAAUUGAUUAAUUUUGAUGUGACUUUUAAUGAAAUGCAGAAUCCUCUGCUUUACAUCUGAACACUGAAUCUGCUAGAACAAAAGUUUUAAUAUCUUGUGACCAAUCCCACUGUCUUAUAAAGUUGCCAUUUUAUAUAUCAAACAAAGAAAAAAAAUUGCCUGUUGAAAGGAGGGUGUAUUGAAUUUCUCUGCUGUUGCAAAAAUUUCACUUGUAUGUUAUAUUGAUUUGUAUUCCCUAUGUGCUUUGAACAUUUGCUAUAUGUAUUUAGAAUUCAUUUUAUUAUAGGACCUGUUGCAAAUGGAAGGGAGUGUCCAAUAUGUUAUUUCCUGAUAAUAUCAUGCUAUCAUGUGUAAUUAUUGGGGUAUGAACUCUUGAGUUAAAUCUGUUAACUAUACAUACCAAACUUCUCUGAUAAAGAUGUGUUAUGCUAACAUAAGGUGUGACUAGUUUCAAAUUAGUUUCAACUGACAUCAUUCUACCCUGGAUGGUUUUCAAGUCAUCUUCUGAAGGUUUUCAUUGCGUCUCUCUUAUGCACAUUUAUACAUUUUAUAUAUCAUUGAAUUUGGUUUGUGUUUCUAUUCUUUGUACAGUAUAGAAUUAUUUCAUCAUGUGUGUUAUGGGACACCAUAAACAAUUUAUUUUGAUCAUUCAUAUUUAUAAGGAAAUGAUCUCUUUUAGUUAGUACAUAUUUCUUUACUUUUUGGCUUUACUGAUAACAUUAUAGAUUUUUAGUAGAUAUUUCUUUCAUUAUAACAUAUUUACUUAUGCAACUACUUUUACUCAUAUGACUUUGUCAUUUCAUUUAUGUAUGCUUUCCUAUAAGCUUUUAUGGUGAUUAUUGCAUUAUUUUACUGAUUCAGUUCCCCCACUACAUUGGCAAACAUUCUCUAAGAAAGACAGGUUUGUUCCUUGAGACAAUGUAUCUCUCUUUAUACAGAUUAAAAAAUACUUGUAUUAUAUCAUUUUGCUUUCAUUAGUGUUCUGUAAUCACUUGACAUUGCCAAAAUAUGCACUUAAAUUGGAUCUGCAGAAUUUGCAGAAAUAAGUUGAUUUUGCUUUUUAGGUUUUUAAUAAUAGCUUACACUGCCUGUAAGUAAAUGAUAUCAUGCAACAAUUACAUUCCAAGAUCUGUGACAAAAAAUAGCUCUGCUCUGAAUGAAGAAAAGGUCUCUAUUUUGAUGUAUUGAUUAAUAGCAGUACUAUUAUAAUUUAAUUGUUAUAAUCCGCAAUUGUUGUUCUAAAGGAGAUGGGUUUUUGUCCCCUUUUAAGCCUAUUUUUUUGCAUAGUAGUUGAUUAAAAAUUUGCAUCCCUAGUUACCAGGAUCAUAUUGUUCUAAUAUAUACAUAUAAAUGGAAAAUGAUGCUUUUCUUGUCAUACCCCUCACUUUAUAUUUAUAUAUAUAGGUAUAUAUGACCUGAGGUUGGUUUGGCAUGUUCAAGAAGAUUAUGUAAUGAGGUACAGCAUGUUGGUUUAUCCAGUGUCAUUUGAAGAUUAUAUACGACUUACAGUUUAUGGAAAUAAAGGUCAUAGUAUGAGGUUAAACACUUUCUGUCAUAGGCUCACAACUCUAAUGGGAUUGAGUCUUAACAUAUCUGCAACUAUGCUCUGUCCUGAAUCUAGUUGACUUUACUAUCCUUUAACAUGGAUAGGAGUGAGGGUUUAUAUAUGGCUAUUCUCACCCAAGACGGCAGUUACUUGUUAAGCACAGUGUUUUUUAGCAUGUGCAGUGCAUAGCAGACAUCACAAGGACAUAAGUUGCUACCAGAUAAAUAGGAAUAAUGUAUUGUUGGAAUAAUGUAUUGUUCCAACAAUACAUUCUAGUAGCUGAUCAUCUUCUUUCUUCCCCAUCAGUUUUUUGUCACUCUAUGAGUCUGAGGAAUUAUUAUUAUUAUUAUUAUUCCACGAAGAGAUUGUCGUGGCGUCUCGUUCAGAUCGAACUUCGAGGGCACGUUAAUACAUUGCACUUCACUUGGCUUCACUUCCCUGCCAAUUUUUAAUUGUUAUUACACACUCAGGCACCAAUUGUCAGGUUACUGGUUUUGGUGUCAACCCAAUUGUUACUUGAUAAGUUGAUCAAUACAAGAUCUUCAAAUCAAUAGUAGAAAAACCUGAGGGGUUUUGGUUCAUUUGAUGAAUGUCCAAAUAACAUAUUAGUGUAGAUUCAUUGGCCAGGGAAGGAUAAUAACGAGACGUGUAUCUAAGAGUAAAUAUUACAGAUAGGUUUACAAGAUAUACCAGAUAGAAGUUACAGGAUCAAAGCACAGUCUGUGCAGUAGUUUUGGAGAUAGAGUAUUACGACACUGCGUGUUGGUCUGAGUGCCUGAGUCUAAGAUGUUGUGAGCACAUCUAGAGUUAGCUGCGUGCCUGCAGCUGUCUGCCUAUGGACUGACUGGCAGUUGGCUUGAUGAGCUUAUAUAAGCAAAGACCUGUGAAUAGUGACAUCACAGAAGGUGACGUUAGAGAGACUAAUGACAUCAUGGGUGAUGACACUCUGACAAGAGAGUAUAGAUGAGGAAGAUUUCAUGGACAUAUCCCAAUUGAGGAAAUUAUAUCCCAACAAGGAAAUUUUUAAUGAAGACAUCCAAGGUUGAAUGACAUUGACUAUCAUCACCUGACAUAAAAUGUUCGAGGUCAUUCUUUAACACAAGAAAGUUCUAGUUCAUUCAAUUUUAGAAAUUAUAAAUGGUUGCCACAAUCUCGUGUAAUUUCUGUGCCCAGGUGACUGAUAUAAAUGUAUAUGAAGUAUAUUUAUCUGAAAAAAGGCUAAAUUGAUGAUUUUUGUCAUAAUCGUCAAAAUUUUAUGCUUAUUAUUUUUUUCCUUCUGUUUUUCUUUCUCAAUUCAUGAGCCAACAAUGUAAUUGAGUGAGCCAAGGUUCACCCAAAUUGGUAAUAAUGCUUUACAUUUUGGUUUUAUGUAAAGCUUUUAAUAACAUAAAGUUUGUUGUACGUGUAAGAAUAUUUAGGUUUAUGCUCCUAAAUUCAUUUUAAGAUUAUUUAUAUUAUUUAUAUUUCAAUUAUAGAUUGUCACUGAUUCUCAAACACUAGACUGGAUUGCAAAUGCAAAUAAGAUAAGAAAAUUUUAAAUGUUCAUACUAAUAAUCAUGUGUUUGCCUUCCUCGCUGUGUCUCAAUCUCAAGUUUUGCAUCUGAUCCACAAGCAAAAAACAAUUGUAAAUAUUUUGUAAAAAUAUGUAUCAUUAAUGAAAAUUCUCUUAUUUGUGCCUAGAAUUGAACUGGAUAUUUCCAGUGCUGUGUAUGUCUAUCCUUGAUGCAAAAUAAGUUGCAUCCACUUGUACAUAUUGCCCACUAAUUCUUUAAAUAAAAUUCGUUUUACAA